AUGGCUAGUGGGAUGGAAUAUGAGCUACCUCCACGCAAGCACGCUGACCACCUUGUCCACAUAUAUUGGUCUUUCGUGGACCCUCUCUUUCCAGUCCUCAACAAGACAAGCUUCAUGCGUUCAUAUGGGACCCUCUUUUCCGGCAUCGCGGUCGACACCAACGAACGAAUUCUAGUGAGCACCCUUAAUGCGGUAUUUGCUCUGUCAAUCCAGCUGCAAGAAUCUCUAAAGCCGAAUCAAAGAGAUCGCUUGAGUGGCAAAUAUUUUCAACGAGCACACGAUCUGCUUCGCUUACGAAUCUGGGAAAGAGGAUCGAUUGAAUUGGUACAAUGCCUUUUAGUUAUGAGUCAGUAUUUGCAAUGCACGGACAAACCACACCAGACCUGGAUGGUCGUUGGCUCGGCUGUGAGGAUUGCACAGAGUCUUGGAUUUCACCUUCCGGAGACUUGGGCCUCACCCUCGAAUGACCAGGGAGCUGCGCUUAGCUGUCGUAUCUGGCAGGCGUGUAUUGCCAUGGACAGGACGAUAUGCGUAACUCAUGGGCGACCCACAAUGAUAUCUGAGGCCCUUGCUGCUACCGUUAUUGAGUCGAAACGUCGUACUUGUUUAUUACGAAACAAGGAUGACCAACUCCCUCAUGAGGAAUUUCUCGCGAAAGCUGUAGAACUAUAUGAAAUAACUAAUCAAACAGUGCACAAAUUCAUUUCAUCCGCGCAUACACGUUACUACAACGCGGAUCUUUCUGGUAUUAUUAACCCAAGUCAGAAUGAGGAGAAAUUAGCUAUCAUAAUUCAAGUUGAUGGUUGUUUGUGCAGAUGGGAGAAUUCCCUGCCUGCUCACCUGAAAUUCGAAAACGCAUCGCGCCAGCCGGACGAUAUCUGCAGAAGACAGGCCAUUAUUCUUCAUCUUCGACUUCUUCACGCACGAAUUCUUCUAUUCAGACCGAUGCUAGCACGGUGCUGCCUGGUAGUUGAACCAGACUCGCUGGAUGGUAGUCUUAGCGACCACAUAAUGCAACAAUGCGCAUUGUCGUGUGUUGAAGCCGCUCGAAAUAUGAUCUCCGUUCUUCGCCAGCACCAAAAGCAUGACGGAAGCAUCGGCAUGCUACCAGCUUGGUGGUACAGGGUAUUUUACAUUUACACAGCCGCCACCAUUCUCGCCGUGUCAACUCUACGACCGGACAUAUUUACACACGCUGAGACUAUUAACUCUUGGGAGGAAGCUUUGUUGCUCUUCCAGGCACAUGAACACUUGAGCGAGUCCGUAAGAGUUUGCUUAUCAGCUUUGCAAAUAAUGUUCUCCAAGAUUCAACAAACGCAGGAUGUUUCGAUGUCCAGCCUGUUGUUUGACGGAUUCCCCUCUGAACCGCAGGGCGCACCGGUCACAGAAUGUCCUGAUUUUAUCCAAAAUUUCCCUUUUGGGCUUGAUUAUAGCACUCUUUUUAAUCUAGAUGGCAUGUCGUCGGUCAUUAGUGGGCAGUUUCCAAGCCAAUAA